UAGGGAGUGAUCCCUGCGGAAAGCAGAAGGGGGGGGGAGGGAAAGAUGUGCUUGGUAGUGGGAUCCCAUUGGAGGUGGCGUAAGUUUCCUAAUUUAAAACAAAAUUUGUCCCUUGAAAUGAGGACCAAUUUACAUUUCUUAAGUCCACUUCAAUAAAGUUCUUUUCUCUGGUAAAAUUUCAGUUCCAGGUCAACCUGACUUCAUCAAACGACUCCUCCAAACACUUUGACCAGUCAAGCAAAUGCUUUUGUUUUAAACAGCUAACAAUAAGUCAGCUCUUUUCAAACAGAUUAAUAAAACAAAAUGUUACUUUCAGAACGCCUUGACGCUUCGCCUGAAAGUAACCGGUAGAUUUUAUGUGGAGUGCGUCCACACCUGAAGAGUAGCCACCAUAUCAAUGUAUUGGUAUUGAGGUGGCUAGUGUAGAGCAGAAGGGGGAACAAUAAAACUUUUUCGGCUUACAUCAUUAAAUAGAGGGCUCACCGCUGAAAAGUGAUAUAUAAAAUGUUUCCGGAAACUUCAGAGUUUCAGUACGAGAACCCUGUUUGGAAAGCCCAGGUUGCGGCCGGUUCCGUGAUUGACAGCCCGUGUCAUUGCCAGGCGCUCGUGCGGGGGCAAUGCACCACCUGCGCCGGCAGCCAAUCGGAGCUGCGCUGCCGUGUGACGUCAAGGGCAACUAAACGGGCUGCUUUGUCCGUGUAAACAGGGCCGGGCGGGCGGACACAGGCCGCUCGCUCCUUUUCUUUGUCUGUUAUUUUGUUUCAGAGUGUGCUCCCCUCUACACUGGAGAAGCCAAAGACUGGGUGACUUUGCAGAACACUUCUACUUGUUCCUGAGAAAAUCUGAGCAUCCAUUCUUCUGCCACAUUAGUCCCAAGAUCUACUUCCAAUCUGUCUUCAGCCUCCUACCUUACUCCAGUGCUGUCCACAGCAGUCACAAAGCAAGGGACCCAAAAGAACCCAAUUUAAAAAAAUAAAGACCCGUCCCCAAUGCACACAGAAGUGGAGAAGAAAAACAAACAAAUCAUGCAAACAACAGAAGCAAGCGCCAACAACAGCACUCUGAGCCAAAUUGAGCCUUAGCUUCGUGGAGAGAGGAGCCUCCAGUGUAUCUGGGCCAGCAUUUAAAUUAUUCAAACAGCAGAUUGUACCUCGCACUAGGACCCAAGUCUCACUGUGGCGAAUCAAUCUGGGCCUAGAUCUCACUGCAGAAGAAAUUGUUCUCAACCUGUCCAAAUUGGUUCGGCACCCAAAGUGUUGCAGUCACACCUUGCCCUUCCAGUCUGUAUGGACCAGCAUUUAGAUUGCCGAAACAGCAGAUUGUACUUUGCAUUAGGACCUGUACCUUGUCGUGGCAAAUUGCUCCAGGUCUAGAAAACGCCGGCCAGCAAUUCACUUUGGACCUGGAUUUUUGCUAUUAAAGAAGCAGUUUUCGACCUCUCCAGAUGGGCUCGUCAUUCAGAGCGAUCUACCUCUCACCUGGGUGUUUUGGAGGAACAUGGCUCAAGAAACCAACCAGACUCAAGUGCCUAUGCUGUGCACCACUGGCUGUGGAUUUUAUGGGAACCCACGAACGAAUGGCAUGUGUUCUGUUUGCUAUAAGGAUUUUCUUCAGAGGCAAAAUAAUAAUGGCAGAAUCAGUCCUGGAUCUGCCAACUUGAGCAGUUUAACAGAUGUGUAUCCUGUUCAAUGCACAGAAGGAAACCCCUCAGAAUUAUCAUCAUCAUUCUCUUCUUCUACAUCUGGCCAUUCUAGUCCACAACCUGUAAUGGGAAGAGGGAAAAGGGGAAGAAAACAAAAAGAGAAGAAGGGAAGAUCUAUUAAAAAAGAGGGAAGAAAGGGAAGGAAGAGAUCAGUGUCCAAUCAGUUGCUGCUAGUAUCUGAAGAAUCUGUAACAAAUCCCCAAAGCGAUGGAGAACGUACAGAAGAUAAACAAGAAAUAUCCAAAAAAGAAUUACAGGCCUCUACAUCAAAAGAAAUUGCACAGACUUCUUCUGAUGGACAGGACAAGUCCCCUGAAAAACCCAAACAGAAGAAGAAUCGUUGUUUUACCUGCCGCAAGAAAGUGGGACUUACAGGAUUUGAUUGCAGAUGUGGAAAUUUAUUCUGUGGAUUACAUCGUUAUUCUGAUAAACACAGUUGUCCUUAUGAUUACAAAGCUGAUGCUGCUGAAAAAAUAAGGAAAGAAAAUCCUGUUGUAGUUGGAGAGAAGAUCCAGAAAAUUUGAACUGCUACUUAGAUUAAAUUUCUUUUUCUUUUAAACCACGUGAACCUAAUUAAACAGCGGAGAGGAUAAGCUGAGCUUUGUAGUUCAUUCUGGGAAUUUGGAGCAUUGUACUUGCAUAGAUCUUUAAAUCAUGCAUGCACGGACAAUAGAAUCUGAGAAAUGACUGAAGAGUUCUUUCACUUUUCUUUGAAUAUUCUGUGGUUGGAAAAUUACUGCAUAUUUAGAAGCAUCCAUUUUACAGCCAUAUUAAUCUUAGUUAAGUGUUGAUCUUAUUUUUAAAGCAAAGUAGAAGUAUUGGAGGGCUGUGCUUUUCCAAUAUCACAUGCAUGGUUCAGGUUUGCAUUUCUUCUUUUGUGUACGUGGCCUUUCUCUACAGCACGAUUUUCUAACAUAGCAGGGCACAAAUGGGCCUACCAGUAACUGAAUGUAUGCUAAUCUCUGCUUUGUUCUGUUUAUGAGAAGGCCCUCAUGCAUUGGCAUCCUAGCUUGUUUGCUGCUCCAUUUCAUUAUUUAUGUACUUCAAGCAAAUGUAUGUGGUUUGAUUUUACAGUAUGUAUCCUGAUUGAAAAGACUUCAUACACACUUCAGUGCUGACUACAAGUAUAAUCAGAAAAAUGCCAGUGAUGCUUAACUCUGAGCAUACAUGAAACAAGGAUGGUAAUUGUGCUGUAUUUAUGUUAGUUUAUUCACUGUCUUAACUUUGAUUAAAUAAAAUUAUAAAGGAAAA